GCUGCCUCUACAGCGACGUCUCAGCUUCUGGAACUUCUUUCCCUAAAUCGGCCUUGGCCUGAGCACACCACAGCUGUACGGACACCUGCCUUCUUCUAAAAUGUCCGCGCCCACGGUGCUCCAGCCUAACGUCUGCGCUCGGCAGUGCAGAGAGGGCGCCGCCAUCUUUCUUCCCUCGGGAGAUAAACGUGCCUAGUGGCCUUGGGUAGACACCGACCUCUGAAGUCUUACCCAGUUUGCACAGCUUUGUUGAUCAUUCCUCGCACCGAAAAGGUAAACACACUGAGGUGGCCAGUAAUGAUUUCCAUCUCUCCGCACAGCCGCUAUGGCCCCUCCCAUCAAUAAUGCCGGGGUGGGCGUGGCCGUUACGUCACAGAGCGGGGCCCGCCCUCGGACCUCCGAAAUUCUGUAGCGCUCCCAGGUCCUCGCGGGAGUCGCGGGCCCCGGUGGAUCCGAAUACCUAGGUACCGCGAGGAAGAGCGCGCUGAGAGAAGUGCCUUCGGAGGUGUGUGGCCUUUCGUCGCUGCCAGCAGCGGCUGUAGAGGUUCGGGUUCAGCCCACAGGUCCCAGGUUCCCAAGAGCAAGAGUAAUCAAGUGAAGCAAUGAAGGUUGAAAAAAGAGGUACUUGGACUUGGAUAUAACUGCUCCUAGGAACAACUUCAAGCAGAUACCAAGCUUUCUGACUCUAAGAACUUUGUGGCAGAUGCCGAAGAGACGAAAGACAGAUUCCAUGUUACUGUUUUGUGAGCACAGAAGAAAAUGAUCAAGGCCAAGGAAUUGCUGACACUGGAGGAUGUGGCCGUGGACUUUACCUGGGAGGAGUGGCAGCUCCUGGGCCCUGCUCAGAAGGACCUGUACCGGGACGUGAUGUUGGAGAACUAUAGCAACCUGGUGUCAGUGGGGUGUCAGGCUACCAAACCAGAUGCCUUGUCCAAGUUUGAACACAGAGAUGAACUAUGGCUAACAGAGGAUGAAAUCCAGAAUAGGACCCAUCCAGGAUUCGGGAACUUUGAUCGUCAUCUGCAGGAGCCCUCUCAAAACCACAGGUUUCUGAAGAGUGCACAACAAUACAGGGAACAGAGUGCAUUUAGAAAUACUGUUCAUCUGAGCAAAAUACAUCUUGCCAUAACGCAAAAUCAUGUGUUUGACUUCUGUAGAAAAGCUUUGAAAUCAAGUUUGAGUUUAGUUAACGAGAAGAGAAGAUAUGAAAUAAAGAAGGCUGUUGAGUUUAAUGGAGAAGAGAAAUCUUUCCUACGUGGUAAUCAUGAACAUUUGUAUUCUGGAAUUGAAUUCCCUAAAGGCGCAAAACAUAUCAGCACCAAAUUCCAAGACUUUAAGCAUCAGAGGACUCACAAAAUAGAGAAAUCCCAUGCAUGCAUCGAAGGUGAGAAAACCUGCAUCAGGAGAUCUCCACUCAUUUACCAUGAGAGCAGUCAUAGAGGAGAGAAACCUCAUGGGUGUGAUCCAUGUGGGAAAUCCUUUUCCAGAAAUGUCAUGUUUGCUAAACAUCAGAAAACUCCUACACAAGACAAAGUCUGUAUAACCGGUGAAUACAGAAAAGGCUCUAGUGUGAAAAGCAGUCUCACUUUGCCUCAGCAAACCCAAACAGCAGAGAAAUCCUACACAUGCAGUGAGUGUGGAAAAGGCUUCACCAUGAAGCGCUAUCUGAUUGCCCAUCAGCGAACUCAUAGUGGAGAGAAACCUUAUGUGUGCAGUGAAUGUGGAAAAGGCUUCACUGUGAAGAGCAAUCUCAUUGUGCACCAGCGAACUCAUACAGGGGAGAAACCCUAUAUAUGCACUGAGUGCGGAAAAGGCUUCACUAUGAAGCGCUAUCUUGUUGUACAUCAGCGAACUCAUACUGGAGAGAAACCCUAUAUAUGUAGUGAAUGUGGAAAAGGCUUCACAGUGAAGAGUAAUCUCAUCGUACAUCAGCGAUCUCAUACCGGGGAAAAAUCUUACAUGUGUAGUGAAUGUGGAAAAGGGUUCACCACAAAGCGCACCCUCAUUAUACAUCAGCGAACUCACACAGGAGAGAAAUCUUACUUAUGUAAUGAAUGUGGAAAAGGCUUCACCACAAAGCGCACCCUCGUUAUACAUCAGCGGACUCACACAGGAGAGAAACCCUAUGAAUGCAGUGAAUGUAGUAAAGCCUUCAGCCAGAAGAUAUGCCUCAUACAACAUGAGAGAUGUCAUACGGGAAAGACUCCCUUUGUGUGCACUGAGUGUGGAAAAUCCUAUUCUCACAAAUAUGGUCUCAUUACCCAUCAGAGAAUUCACACGGGAGAGAAACCCUAUGAGUGCAAUGAAUGUGGAAAAGCCUUCACCACAAAGUCAGUACUCAACGUCCAUCAAAGAACUCAUACAGGAGAGAGACCGUAUGGAUGCAGCGAUUGUGAGAAAGCCUUCUCCCACUUGUCAAACCUUGUUAAACAUAAGAAAAUGCACACAAGAGAAAUGGGUAGAUUCAGUCAAGUUGGAAAUUCCUUUAACACAGAGUCGCAACUCAUUACUUAUGAGUGAACUCCUGCAAAACAGAAGCCCUAUGAAUGUGAUGACUGUGGAAAUGCCUUCAGUGGCAACCAAGACUGCAUUAACGUCAGUGUUUCCUGCAGAUUGGAAUGUAAUCAUGGUACUGCCGGUUGUGAGAUGUGUGCCCUGUGGAGGUUAAAGAACUUGUCCAGGAGGUAAAUCUGGUGGCUACAGUGAAUGUGUCAUAGUGCCUUCAGUGAUCCUUACCUCAUAUUUUCUGAAAACAUGUUGGGAAAACUCUGAUACAUUCAAUGUGGAGAUGCCUUGAGCAAAACUUUCUAGCUUCAUUAUAUUCUGAAAAGUGUAUACCGAGACAAAUCCUGUGAAUGCGGAGACUAGGAAGACCUUCGGGGGAAGGUAGACUUGAUUAUCAGGGAUCAUCAUAAAUCAUCAAUGAGCUUAUUGUUUAUAGAAAUAGAUUUUAAAGAUUUUAUUUAUUUAUUUGUCACAGAGAAACCCAGUGAAAGAGGGAACACAAGCAGGGGGAGUGGGAAAGGAAGAAGCAGGCUGCGGGGCUCGAUCCCAGGGUCCUGGGAUCAUGCCCUGAGCCGAAGGCAGACGCUUAAUGACUGAGCCACCCAGGUGUCCCUAUAGAAAUAUGAUUUUAAAAAUAUAUAUGAUGACCAUGGGAAAGCUUUUACCCAGAAAGAAGACCUCAGUGAGGGUCCGAGUCCACACUGGAGAAAAACUUCAAGAGGACAAUAUAUAUGUGGCAGGAUAUCAGUUAUACAUUCUGCCCCGUUUUGUCAGGAAAUCAUACAGAAAUUAAAACUUCAUGAACAUGCUAAAUGUAGAGCACCUGCAGUCAAAUAUCAAGGAGUGAAGUCCUGUGAAAAUGCUAAAAGUCGGAGUGCUUUUAAGUGUUACAAGUCUGACCUCAUUAUACAUCAGAUAAUUCACCUGAUGCAUUUUCAGAUGAUACUUUGAAACCCUUUUCUAGUGGCCUUAUCAGUAAUUCCAUAGUUUUAAAAAGUAGUCUGCUUUCCUUAUCACUGAUUUUUAUUAUUCUAUACAAUGCAGAGUGUUCCAUGGAGUAUUCUUGGACUACCCUGUAUUAUAUGAUUUGUUUUUACCUUUCUUGGGCUCUAAACUUCAUCGUACAUUUAGCACAUUGAAGGAGUUUAAAAGGAAACGGAAUGUUUUAAUUUUAUAAAAUAACAUGUAUUUGUACUUCCUUAACUAAGUUUAUAAAUAUGACCAAAUAUUUUAUAAAACCACCUUCCGAGUUAUUUUUAUAAAAUGUUUAAUUUGAAAUCAUUUUAACUUGAAGAAGUUGCAGAAUAGUCCAGAGACUUCCCUAGUAUCCUUUGCCUAAUGUCUCCCAGUAAAAACAUUUAUGUAAGCCACAUCUUGUUAUUGAAUCCAGGAAAGUGACAUUGGUAGUAUACUGUUCGCUAAGCCCUUAACCUUAUUUGGAUUUCAUUAGAUUUUCAUGGGUUUUUUUUUUUUUAUGUUGUAAUUCUAGGAAGUUUUAUUACAUAUAUAGAUUCAUGUAACCACUACCACAACCAUCAUGUAAAACUGUGAUCGACACAGAUUCCCUCAUUAUACCUUUUUAUGCUCAUACCCUUUAUCCAAACCUACCUCUUGGAACCACCUAUUUUCCAUCUGUGUAAUUGUAUAAUUUUGUGAAUGUUACAAAAAUCAUUUUUACAAUUGGAUUUUAUGUAUUUUAUAUAUAUGUUGUAUUUAUGUAAUUUUAUAUUUUUUCCGUAAAAGUUAUUACAAUAUUAUUGACUACAUACAAAUUUAUAAUUUUUCAUUAUAGGAAGUGUGUCAGCUUUUCAUGUUUUUGUCAUUUGGCAAAUUGCUCAGAAGACUCAUUUGAGUUAGUGGAUGGUGGUUUUAUUUUUAUUAGUGAGUAAUAUACAUACUGGAUGACCAGUUUGUUUAUCCCUUCAUUCUUGGAAGAGGUUUCCUGAUUUCAGCUGUUAUGAAAUCUGCACACAUGGUUUUGUAUGAACAUAAAUUUUCAUUUCUCUACAAUAAAUAUUCAGGUGUAUGAUUGUUGGGAUGUAUGGUAAGUUGUGUAGCCUUACAAGAAACUACUCUCUUUCAAUGUGGCUGUGUUCUUUUACAUUCUCACCAGCAGUGUAUGAAAUACUGUUCUAUAUUCUCUCCAGCACUUGGUAUUCAAUGCACUUGACACUUGAACAACACGGGGGUUAGGGGCACUGACCCCCAAGCAGUUGAGAAUCCACGUAUAACUUAACUAGUAGCCUGCUGUUGACCGGAAGCCUUACCAAUAACAUAAACAGUUGAUUAACACGUAUUUUGUAUAUGUGUUAUAUACUACAUUCUUAAAGUAAGCUAGGGAAAAGAAAAUAUUAUUAAGAAAAUCAGACUUGUGGGGCACCCGGGUGGCUAAGUCAGUUAAGCGUCUGACUCUUGGUUUUGGCUCAGGUCAUGAUCUCAUGGGUCGUGGAAUCAAGCCCCGAGUCAGGAUCUGAGCUCAAUGCCGGGUCCGCUUGAAAAAUUCUCUCCCUCUGCCCCUCCCCCUGUUUUCUUGCUCCUUCUCAAGUAAAUAAAUAAAUCUUAAAAAAAAAAAUCAGACUUCUGGGAAGAAAG